GAUCCCAGCGGUAUAUUGUCAUGAGGGUGUCAGAGGCUCAUCAGCUAAAGGAUGGGAGCCACAAAAAAGCGUCGGAUCCGGACUUCGGGAAAACUGUUAAAGAUCUGCCUCGAUCAGUACUGCUGCUUCUGAAGAACCCCACCUUCAUCUUCCUCUGCUUAGCGGGAGCGACCGAAGCCACCCUCAUUGCUGGGAUGUCCACAUUUGGACCCAAGUUCCUGGAGUCUCAGUUUAGUUUAAGUGCCUCUGAAGCUGCUACCUUUUUUGGUUAUCUGGUUGUGCCAGCUGGAGGGGGAGGCACAUUCCUGGGAGGAUUCCUUGUGAAUAAAUUUAAACUCCGCUGUUCAGGAAUCAUCAAGUUGUGUUUACUUUGCACAGUGUUGAGUCUUCUGGCUAUAUUAAUUUUUUUUAUUCACUGCCCUAACAUGCCAAUGGCAGGAGUAACCCAGACGUACGAGGGAAGCGCUUUGCCUGGUGGCCACCUAAACCUGACAGCAGCCUGCAACUCUGAGUGUGGCUGUCUACAGGAGACCUACAGCCCUGUCUGCGGGAGCGAUGACGUUAUGUAUUACUCUCCCUGCCAUGCCGGGUGCAAAAAAGUGUCUGAAAACCUCAGGAAUGGCAAGAAGGUCUAUCACGAGUGUAGCUGCGUUGAGAAAACCCUCCAGCCCGGCCCUGGGGACGUGGAGGCAGGGAAAUGCACCUCUUCGUGUGCGAAAAGGCCCCUGCUCCUGUUCUUCAUGUUUGUGGUGAUCCUCUUCACCUUCCUGAGCAGUAUUCCUGCCCUGACAGCCACUCUGCGGUGUGUCUCCGACAGGCAAAGGUCAUUCGCACUCGGCAUCCAGUGGAUUGUAGUACGAACGCUAGGAGGCAUCCCUGGCCCCAUCGCCUUUGGGUCCAUGAUCGAUAAAUCCUGCCUGCUCUGGCAGGACCAGUGCGGUGAGCAAGGUUCUUGCUACAUUUACCAGAACUCAGCCAUGAGCCGAUACACCCUCAUCGCUGGACUGGUCUACAAGGUGCUCGGCACAACCUUCUUUCUAGUCGCCUGUUUACUCUACAAACCCCCGCCAACAGAAUCGGCUCCGGGCAGCUCGGAUGCAUCUGAAAAUGGCAACAGUGACCUCCAGGAGCACAAACCUUCGCUGCCGAAUGAAGAGGAUAUAUAACGCUGUAUGCGUGCAAGUGACUUUCUCUGUCUCAAAAAUACGAGAUGUUAUGCAGUCACUAGGGGUUUUUAAAUUAAUAGUAAUAUUAUCACUUUUUUUAGAUCAAGAUAAGUAAUUUAAUUAACCACUGAUGUGCUUGCUAUUUUCUUAACAGCUGAAGCACACUUAAAAUUGUGUGCCGAUGCCAUAUGCAGUUAUUUAAUUUUAUUUAAAGAAAGGGCUACCGUAGCUUUAUUCUGUCUGUGACAAGCAAGGACCGCGUCCUCCACUCGUGGAAAUAAGCACCGGUAACUCCCAUGGAGCAUGUGGGGUUUAAA